CUGGCGCGCGUGGCGGAGGAGCGCGAGCGCGAGGCGCGGCGCCGCCAGCAGCAGGCGCUGGGCCGCUUCCUGGCGCGCCAGGCCGCGCUGCGCCUGCGGCAGCGCGCGCGCGCCGUGCACGAGGCCCUGCAGCACGACGAGAGCGCCCUGCAGCAGGUGCUGCGCGCCCUCGACGACGAGCGCGGCGCCGCCCUCGAGAGCCGCCAGCGCCUGCGCGCCGACGCCCUCGCCGCCGUGCAGCAGCUGCGCGCGCAGCGCGACCGCGAGCGGCUGCGCCAGGCCGACCUCGACUUCCUCUUCGAAGAAGAAGCUCGGCGCAGGUGGGAUGAAUUAGAGACUGUGUGGAAAGCUGAGGAAGAAGCUCGCAACAAAUUGAUUGCCCAAGUUCUACAAACUCAGCAGCAACAGAAGGCUCUUGUAGCUUCAGUGGAAGCUGCUUAUGCAGAACUCAGAGAAGAAGAGGCAGCAAAGCUAAAGGCUAAAGAAUUGCAAAGGACUGAGCUUGAUUUACAGGUGAAGCAGAAGCAGCUCCUGCAGGCAGAAAGUGCUGUGGAGGAGCGCAAAGCAGCCGAGGAGGAGGCUGAGAAGCUGCGUCAGGAAGAAGAGAAACUACAGCAAGAGUUGGCUCGCAUGCAAGUGGAAGGAUAUCGCCCACAGAGUGUAGGGCGACGACGUCUUUUAUGGUAAUCAGCUUUUCAAGAUUGUAUAUAAUGAAGGAUUCUCUCUCAUAUGAUUCACGUUCAACUAUAAUUCUCUGUAAUUCAUUUCAGUGUUCUUGAAUUUUUAAAGACUUCGUUCAUAUUUUACUGUAAGACAAUGAAUAGGGUGACCCAUCUAGGGUAUGCACAUUAUUUUGAAUUCCUAAUUGUAUUAAGUUCAGUUAAAGUUAAUAAUAACAUGUUAAUUCUUCAUAACAUGCUUUAAUAUUUUAUUUUUUAACAAUUCUAAUGAUGCAUUUAAUAAAAACCUACAGUAAUGAAUUAUUGGUGAAACAUGUUCAUGACUUAAGCUCAAGCUCAUUAUAUCAUUUAGAAAAUCCUAUUAUGUAAAAGUAUUCCCAUGACUCUCAGUAUUUUAUAAAACCAGAUGCAUCGACUUGUGUAAAAGCUUUAUUAAACUAGAUGUAACUCCUAUUCAGAACUUUAUUUUUAUAUUAUAAAGAUGAUAAAAAAAUGAAAAAUUCUUUUCUUUGCAAAUUCCAGUAUUUGGGGCAAAUUGUUUCUGUAAGCCUCAUAUUAUACAUUAAUCAUGUGUGUAAUGUUCUGGUAUUUUUAUUUUUGUGUAAUACAUACAAUUUUGUCUUUGUGUCAUUUAAUCUGCAUUGCUAAUGUUUGAAAGAAUCAUAAACAUGUAAAUAAAGACCUGUAAUGAAUUGUUCAUAUU